UUCAUCAUUCUGGGAUACAUUUUUGGAUAAUAUUAUGUCACCGCUACUACUACCCAAAUUCUCCACACCAUCUUCUUCUUUCAAUUUUGUACCACCACCGCCACCGGUAACCAUUCGGCCACCGGCCCUCCGUUGCUGCCAUUCUCCACCAUCCAUCUCCACCCCUGAAGCAACCUUAACUAACAUUCUAAACUCUGGCGUCAUUGCUUGUCUUCGCGCCCAAAGCCCGGAUGUUGCCUUAGAAGCUGCCCGAGCUGCAAUUACCGCUGGAAUCUCGGUGUUGGAGAUUGUGGUUUCUACUCCAGGUGUGUUUGAGGUUUUACAUCAAUUGGUGCAAGAAUUUCCAACCACAACUCUAGGAGUUGGCACUGUUUUGAAUACCAAGGAUGCUGAAAAUGCCAAAAACGCUGGAGCAAAGUUCAUCAUGAGUCCUGCAAUUGUAAAGGGUAUUCUGGAUCAAGACAGUGAUGACUUGCUUUACAUACCUGGUGUGAUGACCCCGACAGAAAUAUUGUCAUCAUAUAAUGCUGGUGCCAAAAUUGUGAAGGUAUAUCCCGUUUCAGCAAUCGGUGGUGUUCAGUACAUUGCAACACUAAAGAAACCUUUUCCUCAUAUUCCGAUGGUUGCAUCUCAAGGAAUAACAACUGAUUCAGUGGGUGCGUAUAUCGAUGGGGGAGCAUCAGCAGUAGUCUUAUCUGAUGCGAUAUUUGACAAAAAGGCGAUUUCUCAAAGGAAUUUCACUGCAAUAUAUCGUCUUGCCCAACUUGCAGCUUUGCAAGGCGAUGCAGCUGUAAAGAGGAAGGAAAAGAUCUACCCCGGCUAAUUUUAUGGAAACAUGUGUCUUUUGAUCCGUCUGAAAAACCUCAGCAGAAAUGAGAUAUGGCGAGGUGAUGUGCAUAAGAACGCACACACCUCUGGGAUCCCAUGAAAAUGAAUAUUCAUAGUUUAUAAAUGCAAGAAAGCCUCCUUCAUGCUGAUGGUUUUCUUUUGUUUUGCACUCAUUUGGUUUAUUAGUUAUCACCAAGUUUCACAUAUAUCAAGAUUGUAGAGAUGCCAGUAAUACGCAGUGAUGUUCAUUAUGCUCUUGUAUCUCGUGCUUUGAAUGUGAUAAUAUUGCUUUGAAUGUGAUGCGUAUCACUUCUUUAUAAAAAAGAUACACUUGUAUUUAGUGCUUUGAAUGUAAUACAUAAGGCAGUUAAUUCGUUCU